GUUUCGACAUUUACAUUGAAAGCCCAAAGCUCACCAAAACACGAGUUAACUCGUGAAGUAACUCGCUAUGUCGUUACUUGUAAUUCUCGAUUCGGAUCGGAAACUCUCUGUGAUGGACUGAAACCUAACCCCAAAACCUUUUUCUUUUGUGAUGGAUUUACCGCCGAUGAAAAACCCAAUCGAAGAUUUGUUCGGAGAAGAUUCCGACAACGACUCUCGAUCUUCGCGCUCGAAAUCCUCCUCCUCCGGUUCUUCCUCAUCCUCCUCGUCUGGCUCAGCUUCGUCUUCCGGGGCGUCUUCCUCUAAAGACGGAGGUGGUGGUGGUGGUAGCAGCUCAAGCGGCAGCGGAAGCAGCGGCGGGAGAGAGGAGCAUGGAGAUGAUGAUGAUGGAGUGGAUAGCUACAGGAGCAAUGAUAAUAAUGGAGAAACUGGAGUUUACGAAGAAGAAGAAGAAGAAGAAGAGGAGAAGGAUCUGUUUGGGUCUGAUAAUGAAGAGUACACUAAGACACCUGCUAUUAGCACUUACUCAAUCCCUGUUUUGCCUGCGGGAUGGAGCAAUGACAAUAACCAUGGUGGGAGAGGAGGAAUGGGUCGUGGGCGUUGGUCUUCUAAUGGGAGAGGAGGACCUGGGCUUCUUCCUCGUCCCGGGCCUUACCCUGGAGGACGUGGUGGCCGUGGUGGGAGGUACCAGAGUUAUCAGCGUGAUGAGCGUUUUGUUUCCGAGCUUAAACUUUCCAAAAGUAAAGAAACCUUGUCUAGGAAAUCUACCGUCUUUCAGGAGCCAUGUGAGCUUACUAGCUACAGUCGUGUAGAAGGUGGAGAAGUGUUCUAUGAUGAGCGAGGUUUGAGGCUUUUCAAGCGUCAUGUUUCUGAAGACAUUGGUGCCGAUUUAAAUCAAGGUUAUGAUACUUUUAUUGAGAAAAUAGAUCUGGGCUCUGAGGGCUUUGGUGACCUUCUUGGCAGCAUUAGAGCAAAAAACAUUUCGUUGGAGAACAUUCAUUUUGUGACAUUCCGUAAUAAUCUGAACAAGAUACUGGGUGCUGCUUACAACCGGCAUGAGCCAUGGGAAAUGGGUGUGCAUAAGAGGAAUGGAACCAUAUAUCUGGAUGUGCAUAAACUGCCUGAAAGGCCACAGAGUGACUUAGAUCGCCGCAGAUGUUACUGGGGAUAUUGUUUCGAAAGCCUUGCAACGGAAGAUCCAGGAAGAGCAUAUGGGGAAGAAAUACACCACGUGGAUGCCAAUGUUGAAUUCUGCUCGGUUGUGAAGACUAAACUCGGAGCUCACCGUGUUCUGAUGGGUGCUGAAAUGGAUUGCUGCGAUGAAACUGAUGAAGGAAGGAGGAUUUAUAUAGAGUUGAAAACUACUCGCGAGUUGGAUGAUCGUACCGUAGAGAGAUAUGAGAGAGAGAAACUGCUUAAAUUCUGGAUACAAUCAUUUGUAGCAGGAGUGCCAUACAUUGUCGUUGGAUAUAGAGAUGAUGGAGGGAGACUAGUACGCACAGAGAGACUGAGAACAAAAGAUAUCGCACACAGAGCCAGACUGAAAAACUACUGGCAGGGAGGAGUGUGCUUGGCAUUUGCUGAUGAGGUUCUUUGCUGGCUAUACGGCACUGUUAAAGAGAACGAAGAUUACACACUUCAGUUCGUGCAUCCUUUCAUGAGGCUAGAGCUUCUUCAAGCUCAGUCUUGUCCUGACGCCAUAACUAAUCAUGUUCACCUUCUUCAACAUCCUUCAUCACCACCACCCCCACCUCAGUAACUCUCUCUGUGAUUCUUUAAUGGAAGUUUAGUACUUGGAGAUCAGAAUCAAAAAAAUUCUUUUGAAUAAAGCUUGUUUAUUUUGGAUUUCUCUUGUAACUUUUAUUAUAAAAGUUAACCAACCCAAGCAAUGAAAAGAUUUUAUA